CAUAGAUGAAAAGAGAGAUCAGCUGUAGGUAAAGGGUAGAAAAGAUGUCGCGGGUUUUAAGUUCACUUCUGUCCACUCGUGAGAAUGGCCUCCUCUUCAACAUGCUAGGCCAGGACUGCAGUGCUUCUGCCUGUGCUGUGGUGCAGCUACUCAUGGCGACUGCAGCUUGUAAAGGUCAAAAGUCAGAGUGGAAAUUUCACAGCUGUGGAGUUGUGUGUUUGGUGCAGGACAGAAAAUUACAAUCAUCAUUUAUACGACUCUUCUCCGUCAAGAGAGCAAAGCUGCUUUGGGAGCAGGAGCUGUACUCACCGUUUGAGUAUUUAGCGCCCCGUCCCUAUUUCCACACUUUCCCUGGUGAUGAAUGCCGGACUGGGUUGAACUUUGCUGAUGAGGAGGAGGCUGGUCGUUUCUAUGGUGCUGUACAAAAGUGCAUCAAGAGUACUAGAGCACACCCUGUCUUCAUGCGCACACACAGUCUGGACUCUGCCUCUGGCUGGCUGCUGAGGGAAAAGCUGAAUUCUGGAAAAGAGAGCCGGUCGCCAUCCCCCAAAACCCCACCCCCCUUUGACUUGAGGAUGACCAGUACAACAGUGGGACCAGGGAUCAAACCAGCUAUAAGUUUUACCCCAACUAGUCAAUCAACUAUUUCUUCAAAGACUCUUUCUAGCCCUAAUGCUGCAUCUGUUUCUCUGGCACAGAAGAAGGGACCCCUGCCCCCCAUCCCUUCUAAUCCAAGGGUAGCCUCAUCUGGUACCGGUCACAAUGUUAACCUUGCCAGCAGCUUUUCCAUUCCACUCCCUCCACCUUACCCAGCCCCCAAAAUAAACCCAGCAGGAAUAAGGAAAAGUGCUAGCUUUGCUCCAAGAGGAAAUUAUUCUUCUGCUGUACUGAAGCGUCAAAGAAGCCUACAGAAGUUUACAGCUGACAUGCAAGCAGACACUCACUAUGAGGAAGAUCAGUAAAAUCAACUGCGAAUCUUCUAAUGUAACACGGCUGUUCCAGCUUAAUCUUUUCUGCUUUAACAUCUGAUUGUAGAACAAUUUCUCAAAACCUUUAUAAGUACACUGCACAUUAGAGGACUUCUGCUCCUGAUUUGAUUCAUGGUCUCUGCUGGUGCUGCAGGAUAAAAUCAGUUACAUUUCUUACCUGCCAAGUUCUGAUGUUGCAAUUAGUAAGUGAUAGAAGAUUGCAGCUGUAUAUGAAUGCUGCAUGCAUGUGUCUGUGAAUCAGCUUGACUCACUCUUCUCGUGAU